AUGCAUUUUUCGAAGACUUACUCCCAACUUCUCCUCACAUUAUCGCCUGAGCUACGUGACAAUGCGAUAGAGUAUCGACGGCUUAAGAAGCUCAUCAACGAGACCGUCGUCGAACUCCACUCGCUUGGAUUUACCCCGGCAGUACUACAACAAUUAUUAGAGCAAGGGGGACAUGGUAUUCCUGCCUCAACAUGUGAGGAUACCGCAGCCCCAAAAGAUAGGCCGACCGUGACAUAUGAGAUUUCGUCGUUGCAGCCUAGGCUGCGUAUCACACUCGGUCAUGGGACUCAGCUAUCGAACGAUACCAUCUCCCCACUUGCUGCCCAGGAACCGCUUCCCAACACACAAGGAUCCUUAUCAUCGGAAAAUGCAGAAUACACUGUCAAUAUCCAAGAUAUCGUCUUACCCCUUCGCUCUGAUACCGCCUUUCUUUGCCUUUUGGCCUCAGAACUAUCCUCACUCUCAGACCAUUUCGCCACAAUUUACAAUGAGUUCACGCAGAAACUCAUUGUUCUUGCAACUUCCAUAUCUUCCACCGCUCGGCCCGUGUCUUCCUCAGCCCCCCAUUCUUUCUCAGCUUAUCUUCUGUCGGCCAAUAAUGUGACAUCCGUGCGCCCUGGGUCAUGUGGAAAAUCGGAUCUCUAUUUUUGGCGGGAGGUGUUUCAGCAAUAUGUCCAGGCUGAAAUAUUCGAAGGAAUAGGUGAAGCAGAGAGAGGUGAGAGAAGUAUCGAUGAAGCCGAAAGAAGACUGGUAUUAUUUCACGGGAGAGUAACGGAGAAGGCGAGGUCCUUGAGAAUCCCUACCAGCGAAGAAGCCUUGGAUAUGUUUUUCAAGAUAAACGCAUUCAUUUUAGAUGUUAAGAAGGUACGUGCUUUCGACUUGCAACCGAGGAAGCUACACGUAAGAUCCUUAAAGAAACAUACCAAACGUACUGCACUGCCUAUUCCUGCGUAUCUUCUCUGUGAACCCGGCGAUACCCCUCCCUCGGAAGUAGUGCUAUCUACACAGCCCCUCAUGCCGUUGCAACGGUUACUGGUCCAGGCUAUUGGAGAGAAACUUCUUCCGGUUGUGCCUUAUAUUGACGAUUAUUCCUGCCUCAUUUGUACUAGCAUUGCGUUCAAGCCUGUUAGACUUGAUUGCGGCCAUUUAUUCUGUGUCAGGUGCCUUGUCAAGUUACAAAAGCAGGGGAAGCCUAAUUGCCCGUUAUGUCGAGCACCGACAGUCCUUAAGGCCGACAGAAAUAACGUCGACUACGCUCUUCUCAAUUUUAUGUCUGACUGGUUCCCAACUGAGUCUCGCGCCAAAUUGCGGGCCAAUGAACUUGAAGCUGCAAAAGAGGAGCUUGAAGAACUCGGGUUCCCGGGGGCUACUGGAUGCGUCAUCAUGUAGAUCUCAAUGGACGGAGGUACACGGGCUUUGGAAGACUUAACAUUAUUUCCUACGAUGACGUUGGACAUCUAUUCAUUUGUCAUAUGUCCAUGUUGGAAAUUAUUUAAUAGCCUACUGGUGUGGAGCGAUAAGGAGCGAUGUACUUGAUAGUUUAGGAAUGGUUGAGAUGAAAGGGUUCACUCUGUGCUGGAAUGUGGUUAGAUUGCUACUUGGCAUCAGUAAUGGCUUCUUCCAUUAUUUCCUGCUCCCAGUUUUUACGGAGGGCUUCUAAAAACUCUUGUAUCCCACCGCCUUCCAUAACCGACUGAAGGUUCAUUAGUGAUAACCCUAUCCGAUGGUCUGUGACGCGAUCCUAUUCCAGUAAUUCUCUCAGA